GGCGCCCGCCCCAGCCCCGCCGAGCCCCGCCGAGCCGCAGCCCCGGCCCGGCCCGUCCCGUCCCGUCCCGCCGGCCAUGAGCUCGACGCAGUUCAACAAGGGGCCCUCGUACGGGCUGUCGGCCGAGGUCAAGAACCGGCUGCUGUCCAAGUAUGACCCCCAGAAGGAGGCGGAGCUCCGCAGCUGGAUCGAGGGGCUCACGGGCCUCUCCAUCGGGCCCGACUUCCAGAAAGGUCUGAAGGACGGAGUCAUCUUGUGCACACUCAUGAACAAGCUGCAGCCAGGCUCUGUCCCCAAGAUCAACCGCUCCCUGCAGAACUGGCACCAGCUGGAAAACCUGUCCACCUUCAUCAAGGCCAUGGUCAGCUACGGCAUGAACCCCGUGGACCUGUUCGAGGCCAAUGACCUGUUUGAGAGCGGGAACAUGACCCAGGUGCAGGUGUCUCUUCUCGCCCUGGCGGGGAAGGCCAAGACGAAGGGGCUGCAGAGUGGCGUGGACAUUGGGGUCAAAUACUCGGAGAAGCAGGAGCGCAACUUUGACGACGCCACCAUGAAGGCGGGCCAUUGCGUCAUCGGGCUCCAGAUGGGCACCAACAAAUGUGCCAGCCAGUCGGGCAUGACGGCCUACGGCACCCGAAGGCAUCUGUACGACCCCAAGAACCAUAUCCUGCCCCCCAUGGACCACUCAACCAUCAGCCUCCAGAUGGGCACAAACAAGUGUGCCAGCCAGGUGGGCAUGACGGCUCCCGGGACCCGGCGGCACAUCUACGACACCAAGCUGGGGACGGACAAGUGUGACAACUCCUCCAUGUCCCUGCAGAUGGGCUACACUCAGGGCGCCAACCAGAGUGGCCAGGUCUUCGGCUUGGGCCGGCAGAUCUACGACCCCAAGUACUGCCCGCAGGGCCCGGUGGCGGAUGGGGCUGCAGGGGCUGCAGGCGGCGGCCCAGACCCCGGGGAGGCCCCGGAGUGCACCCCCUACCCGCAGGAGGAGGCCGACUACUGAGGCGCCCAGCGGGGGCCUCCCCACGUCAGUCUGGGCGGUUGCGGGGUUCUUCUGUUUUUCGUCUUGAUUUUCUCCUUGUCUGCGCGCUGCCUGCCCAAGGCCUGUGGGGCAGGGGUGAGGGGCACACGGGGGUCUGCCUGCCAAGGUUCCCGCCGCAGAUCUCCCAGCAGGCUUUGGGCUGAGCCGUGGGGGUGGGGGGAGAAAGACACCCCGGCAGGCGGGGACCAGCCCUGAAUGGUUUCCGGUUGCUUCUCCUUCUCUUCCCUUUUCUCUGAUCAGUUUGUGGUUUCUGUACCCGCAGAAGUUUCAGGCAGUUUUAAUGAAAGAAAAAUGUUUUUUUGCAGGGCAGUGGUGGGGGUGGGGGUGGAAGGAAGGGGAGGGCCGGCCCCAGCCUGUAUCACUUGAGGGCUUGUAAGGGACCGGAUUUCUCUAGCACUCCCCCCAGGGGCUGGUGGGGAAACUGAGGCCCGGCAGGACGACAGAGUUCCAAGUGGUUGAGGCAAAGCCACCGGAGCUCCCCCUCCACCCCACCCCUGCCCCCCUACUUGUCCUCAUUCCUCUGCCAAGUACUGCACAGGGACCCCCACUGGAGGUCCUCCCCGGGGACUGGCCCCAUCCAGCAGCCCAGGGACCAAGAGAUAAUGUGAAAUGUGACUGUGGACCAAAGGCAAUAAAAACCUCUUUUUAGGAA